GAAUAUCCCAUGAGUCUACCUUCUCGAUCCAUAGCUGUCUCUGUGUAAUUACUUGUAUUCCCGGAAUCUCUACAGCACCUCUUGCAGACCUCGUUUGCACUGCAAAAGCCCUUCUGACAGCUGUUGCAAGAAGGAAUUUCGCCGCAGCUUGAGCAACGCCGCCAAAAUUUCUGACCUGCUCUGAGCCAUCGUAUUCUCCUCCUUCCGCGCCACGCUCUUCAGAUCCCCAAGGAGCAGUUUACUGAGCCGGCCUCGGUCGAGCAUUUCCGCAAUUCUGCACGCGCCUGGCCCAUAGCUCCUCAUCAAGCAUCCUCGAGCACCCCAACUCCGAUAGCAUACAUGGCCUCCUCCGCCCUGGCCACCGCGGCCGAGACCUCAGGGUUCAGUGUGCGGUCACUGUACCGGUCGCUAUUACGUGAGGGAAACAAGUUUGCAAACUACAACUUCAGAAUGUACGCGAGGAGAAGGACGAGGGAUGCGUUCCACGAACAUCAGCACGAGAAGGAUCCGCGACGGAUACAAGAGUUGGUGCAGAAAGGGUUGAAGGAGUUGCAGAUGAUGAAGAGGCAGACGGUAAUAUCACAAUUCUACCAGCUGGACCGGCUCGUGGUAGAAGGCGGCAAGACGGGACAAGAAACUGGAGAUCAUGGUGGGAUUGUUCGACAGAAAGACACGGGGUAUGUGUCCUUGUCUGCUCAACCCUCUGUCUUUCGAUGAUGCUGACCUUGUGCAGAUGGGACUGAUAUUCGCCUGAUCCCUGUCUCUUUCUGGUGGUUUCAAUUGUGUGCUUUAGAGGGACGGAUCUCCUCUGCCAGGGAUUGAUCGUCCCGUGUGAUACCAAUGAAUAUACCAAUCUCUCCC